GGAAAUAGGGAGUUUUGCGCAUGAAGGCUUGUCAUUCGAAUGCUAUUUUCAAAACAAAGGCUACGAACCACAGGUUGUUAUUUUUUUCUGUCGCCUAUUCCGACGAUAAUAAGCAAGUGUAAAAACGAUUGUCAAAAGAGAUAAUGUUCGUAUUCUAAUUUGGGAAAUAAGCCGUUUUUUUGCGAGCUAUCAUUCAUUCGGAACAGUUUGUGGAAUGCCGGUGUAAAACCAGUAAAGAUGCACAGCCGUCUGAAGGAGUUGAAGAAGGAAGAGGAAACUCUCCUCAAAAUCAAAAUUAUGCUACAGGACCAGCUGAACAGGUUAAAGUUUGAAGAAGGUGCCUUGAGAUCAAUCAUUCGCGCUCAAACGGAGGAAGGCGCACCGGAAUGCACAUCUCCUGAAAUUGAGGAUGUCAACCUCGACGAUGAGAACAAGAUUAACUGCACUAAGCUUCUGCUGAACACUGCUGCUGAUUAUGAGAUGGAGGAGGAGGAGGAAGAGGAUGAAGAUGAUGACAAGGAAGAGGGAAAUGAAGAUGAUAAUGAGUUUGGGUUUGUGCUUGAUAGGGAUGAAGAAGAAGAUGAUUACUGAGCUGCUUAUUUUCCUUAAUGCUGAAUCAGUAUUCAGUAUUUAAUCAAUCCAACAAGAUAUAUAUGUAUGUGUUCACCGGUGUAGUAUUUUCAUUUGAGAAGCUUAAGUUAUUGUCACUGAAUCUGUGGCUUGUUGGGUUCAUGUGUGGUGCUCAUAGUAUCUUCUCCAUUAUCUGGUUUUUACCAGGCAUUAGGAUUUCAAUCCAAUAAAUUGUGCGUGUUUCAAAUUUAGUCACACUAAAAUAGCCGGAAAUGCAUAGGUGCUUUUUUUCUAUUAAUUUGCCUAUUAGAUGCAUUACUUUGACUGAAAACCACAAAUUAAAUAUUAAGAUGUGCCUCUCAGCAUGAAAACAUAUGGCUGGCCGUAUGAAAAAUACCAUAAGCACAAAAUAAUGUUUUGUAUGUGUUUUUAUGUUCUCAAAGACCCUUUUGUUUUUACAUGUAUUGCUGAUCUGAAUUACACAGCAGUGACAACUAUGAUAGUAAAUGAUUUUCAUAUUAAAUAAUCUGUAA